GGGUAGAGGAAGAGAUCACGUGCUGGUACGCUCCUGCGCUAACGUCACUGCUCGCAGAGCGCCACCUAGAGGGUCUGUCCGCCACUCGCCUGGUUGCUACCUUCGAACUGGCAGCAGCUGUUGUUCUGGCAGCAGCUGUUGUCACAUGUCGGAAAGUCCCUCGCCCUUGUGUGUCUAAGUAGAUGUGGAAAUCCCCAACGCCGGGUGGGUUUUUUUUUUUUUUUGUAAAACGGAGGAGAAGAAAAAACCACACACACAGAGGCUGGCAGUAUCUUAUCCCAGCUUCUAGCAAGCAGGAGGAGGAAAAAGAACCACAACAACGGGGUGAGGGGGCAGCUGACAAAGGCGCCUAAUAGUGACCAGACCCCAGCCGCCAACCAUUCCAGAGGAUUGCAGCCCAAGCUAGCUUUCGUCUUCUUCGGGAUGGGUUUCAUGGCACCCCCGAGCUGCAUCGUCCAAGGCCUGGCUCGUUUGUAUUGAGAAGGAUUAUUAGCGGAUUCAUUCGAGGGGCUUCUCCCCCUCUCUCCAAGCGAGUGCGAUGUUUAAUACUGAAAACAACUUCUGGGGUUGAACUCUGGUGCAAAUUAGCCCUUGCAACAAGUGCUACACACAUACAGGUUUCUUCUUGCAAAAUGGCUGGCUCACAAAUCAUUCCUCAAGCUUUAUAUUUGAGCAAUAUGCUGAAAGCUGUGAAGAUAAGGGAGAGAAUGCCCGAAGAUCUUGUCAAGUGCACCAAUGGAAUAAUCCAUCAUUUUAAGACUAUGCAUAGAUAUACCAUAGAGAUGUUCAGAAUGUGUCAAUUUUGCCCUCAGUUUCAGGAGAUUCUUCAAAAAGCCCUUAUUGACAAAGCAACCCAAGCAUCACUAGAACGUCAACGGAAACUGAACUGGUGUCGAGAAGUUAAAAAACUGGUGCCAUUGAAGACAAAUGGGGAUGGGAAUUGCCUAAUGCAUGCUGCAUCACAGUACAUGUGGGGUGUCCAAGAUGUUGACUUAGUCCUGAGAAAAGCAUUGUUUAGUGCCCUCAGAGAAGUUGAUACACGCAACUUUAAAUUGCGCUGGCAACGAGAGACACUUAAAUCACAGGAAUUUGUGGCAACAGGACUCUGCUAUGACACCCGGAACUGGGAAGACGAAUGGGAGAAUCUCAUCAAAAUGGCAUCAGCAGAAACAUCAGUUGCCCAAAGAGGCCUUCAGUAUAAUUCACUGGAAGAAAUGCACAUAUUUGUCCUUGUUAACAUCCUACGGCGGCCAGUCAUAGUUGUUGCAGAUAAAAUGCUAAGAAGUUUGCAGUCGGGUUCAAGCUUUUCCCCUCUGAAUGUUGGUGGAAUUUACUUGCCUCUUCACUGGCCAGCAGAAGAGUGUUAUCGAUACCCCAUCAUCCUUGCGUAUGACAGUAUGCACUUUACCCCUCUGGUCAUUUUGAAAGAGAAUGGCCCAGAGAUCCGGGCAGUGCCAUUGGUUAGCUGUGAAAGAGGCAGGUUUGAAGACCUGAAGGUGCAUUUUCUAACAGACUCUGAAGAAAGGGAGAAAGAAAAGCUGCUAAGAGACUACCUUAUGGUGAUAGAAAUUCCCGUGCAAGGUUGGGAUCCUGGAACCACACAUCUCAUUAAUGCUGCAAAGUUGGAUGAAGGGAACUUGCCCAAAGAGAUUAACCUAGUGGAAGACUACUUUCAGCUGGUGCAGCAUGAAUAUAAGAAGUGGCAAGAAAACGUUGAGCCUGUUGGGACAGAAGCGGGCACGAGGAACCGGCUGGAGUUGAACUUACCCCAGCUGUCGCUCGUGGAGGCAAAAUGUGAAACUCCCAAUUGCCCUUUCUACAUGUCUGUGAGCACCCAGCCUUACUGCCACGAGUGCUUUGAGCAGAGGCAGAAAGGAAAUAAGGUGAGGCGGCAGAACCUCCGGAUGGGGUCUGAGAACCUCCGGGCAAAUAAAUCUGCUUUGUCUAAGGGUGAGCAUUGUGAGCCUGCUGCAUGGAUCUCUGAAGAGCCGAUGUCGGGGCCUCGCUCUGCGCCCCCCACAGCACCGAGCCUUUUUCUGUACAGCGAAACCACCGCCAUGAAGUGCAGGAGUCCCGGCUGCCCUUUCACACUGAAUAUAAAAUACAGUGGGCUCUGUGAGCGCUGCUACAACAACACCAUGGAGCUCAGCCCUUGCAGUCGCCGAACUGACCAGGAGCAGUCAGACCAGGUGACCUGCACGUUCUGCCUUAAGGACACCAAUAGGACCUUCAAUGGCAUGUGCAGUUCUUGUUUCAAAAGAACUAGAGACCAUUUGUCAAAUGCCAGCUCAGGGGUCAUGCCUUCAGGCCAUCAGAGAUCUGCUUCUGACCCCACCCAUCUAUCGCAGAGCCUCCUUCAGCAUUCCUGCUGCACACCAACCAGCAACAGUGCAGCAGAGCCUCCUCCAUAUCUUCCAUCCCAAACACUGGAAGAGUUGAAGGGGAGUAGUAAAUGCAGGAAACCUGGCUGUAGCUUUUUUGGGACUCCUCAGAACGAAGGCUUUUGCACACUGUGUUAUUUUGAGUACCAGGAAAAUAAAGAUGCUUCACUACUUCAUCACAGAAGGUCUCAGCAGACUUCGCCUGCCUUAGGGCAUUUGGGAACCUCUGCUGCCACGUACCAGAACACUGUUUCCUGUCUGGGUCGAGAAUGCGCCACAGUAGGGAGCACGAUGCUUGAGGGAUACUGCCAAAAGUGUUUUAUAAAAGCACAGAGCAAGCGGCUCCGUGAAGCCAGAAGGACUGAAGACCAGUUAGUGAGACAAUCAGAGCGAACAGGACAACACAAAGAUUUAUGCCAGACAUCAUCAAGCUCUCAGACGCACAAGUGCGCCACAGCCUCUUGCAGGAACAACUUAGCUUCCAAGAACAGGGAACUGUGUCAGGAAUGCCUGCAUGUUGGGCAACAGGCACAGCCUGGGGGACCUCGGGGAGGCCCUCCAGCAGAUGAGCUUCCCAAACAGCACUGCCGAGCCCCUGCCUGUGAUCACUAUGGCAAUAACAAGUGCAACGGCUACUGCAACGAGUGCUACCAGUUCAAGCAGAUCUAUGGUUAGCAAGAAAGAAUAAAUGCUGUUUUUUGCCUUGCAAAAGGAAAAUGGUGCUAACAUCCAAAACACUCAACUCAGUCUCAUUCACAGUCUGUGAAAAAGGACAUGUGACAUUGUGGGAAAAACAAUAAGCUGAAUAUAUAUAUAUAGACACACACCUACCAAAUGCACAUUGUGGCACAUAGAACAGUGUGCUCUCCAGAAUUCUCUAUUCUGGGACAGAAAAGCAGUUUGCUUUCAGUACAGAUACAGGACGUUUACACCAAAUACUUGACUACAAUCUCCUUUCUACAGUACCCUUUGCCUUUGUUCUGUGCGGAAUAUGCAACCAUAAGAGAUAGUAGAUGAUGUUUCUUGCCAUCCCCCUUUCUACUGGGACCUCUCUUGCACUCUGUCUGAAUAAUUAGUGUUCCAAAUGCAAGGAAACUUGACUGAGGUCCUGAGAUGAAGAGCUUUCUGCGCUGCAACCUGGGGCUAGUUGCCCUUGAAAAUGCUGAUUUCUCUUCUACACAGAAUCUGGUGGAAGCAAAGAAUGAAAUUAGGGUAUUAGCAAGAUGUGGGAGAAACCUUUAAAACCUUUGAUUGCUUGGAUUUUCUUUUUUUAAAGUAAUUGGAUAAUGUUCGUUUUUUCUUUUUCUGAACUAGAGCUUCAUGUGUGUAGAAGAACAAUAAUCCUUAACAAUUUUACCACCUACUGUUGAUGAGUGUUUUUCUAUUUAAUGUUAUGUCUGAGCUUGAAUGAGGGUAUAGCUCAGCCUUUCCCAACCAGUGUGCCUCCAGAUGUUGUUGGACCACAACUCCCAUCUUUCCUGACCAUUGGCAAUGCUGGCUGAGGCUGAUGGGAGUUGUGGUCCAACAGCAUCUGGAGGCACACUGGUUGGGAAAGUCUGGUAUAGCUACUAACCCAGCUGUCAUAAUUUAGAAAUGUGAAAGACGCUUGGGCAGGCAUCAAUUCCUUCUAAUACAGAAAACCCCUCUAAAUAUAGAUGUUAAUACUGGUUGGCGUAGAAUGGGGCUGACAGAGUUGAGAAAAUGGGUUAGGCCAGCCUUUCCCAACCUUUGGGUCCCCAGAUGUUGCUGGACUACAGCUCCUGUCAGCCCCAGCCAGCAUGGCCAAUGGUCGGGAAUUAUAGGAACUGUAGUCCAGCAACAUCUGGGGGUUGGGAAAAGCAAGCUUAGGCUGUAAUAAUAAUGAUGAUGAUAAAAACCAUCAUUAGAAGAUUCCUAAGGGUGCAGUCCUAGCCCCACUUAUCUUGGGAGGAAGCCCCACUGAAUUCAGUAAGACUUGCUUCCCAAUAUGCAUGAUAAGGUCUGUGCUGCUAGUCUAACUGCAUGGAGGACUGGGUCUUGUCAUGCCUAACUCCCUCACCAAACCAGUGUAGAUCCUGUGGUGGUGGUUGCCAUAUCAGGAAUCAACCGAGCUGCUCUCUCUGCUUACCUGGUAUUGCACGUUAGAUCCAGAUGGGAGCCAAGCUGUCCCAAUAUUUGCAGAAUUCAGUGGGAAGUAAGGCUUUAUUGAGCUGCUGCAUUCUCAGACUGUGACCCCCUCAAGUGUGGCAGGAGCUGGCUCAGCCCCUUGCCUUUUUCUCCUUGGUUGCUCCUCACUAUUAUUUGAUUUGCUGCUGUGAAGGAUGUAUGAGCGAAUCUGAUCUGAUAUUGGGAGCAGAGUAUGUUGAGCACAGCUCGGAAAGUGCUGCUUCUGCACAAACCGUGUUCAUUUUCAUAGUGUUUUGGAUCAGUUUUCAGUCAUUGGUUUCUUGCCAUUAUCUCAAAGCCACUAUCUGCCAGAUCUGCAAAUGCUAGGUGCCAAAAAAAUGGUGUUGGUAGCCCUGAGGUCUAGAACUUUGAUUUCUUUCCCCACCUGGCUUAUGAGUCUCUUCCUUCUGCUGUAUGACUUGGUAGCAAAGAGCAAGCGUGCAAAUUGGUGCUUCUUCUGCUUUGCAUCUGUAUAUAUAAUCCUCCAGUAGCCCACUCUUUCCCAGCUCUCUUCUCUUGUUGAACAUUUUAGAUAACAAUUUUGUAAUCUUUGUUAAAUGUGAAGAUGUGUUAAAAUAUUUAUAUAUUAUUUCAAAAGUUUGAUUUUUAAAUUUGCACAUUUUUUUUUAGUAUGAUUACUUUUUAUUUCACUUUCCCUCUGAAACUCUGUGCAAGUGUGUAACUGGGGGAGAGGAAGGGAGAGAGGGAAGGGGAGAAAAUCCAAAAGUAAAAAU